AUGGAUAAAAAAAAUGCUCGAGACGAUAAAAAUCAGCAGCUGAAUACCGGUAGUAAUACUCCUUCUCAUCAAUUAUCUACGACGCACGAUUCUACUGUUGAACUAUGGGGCGGCAUAGAAAAGGCUCAUCCAGAACAGCAGGCAAUUCAUAUGAUAGCAUUGGAGGAAGUAUUCAAACGCUUCCAUACUAAUCCAAAUACCGGUUUAUCAUCGAACUCUGUACCAGAUGCUCGUGCUCAAUACGGUCCCAACAGACUUACGCCACCUGAACCUCCAAGUUAUUUUUGGCUUUUAUUUAAACAAUUAUUUGCAGGUUUCAAUAGUAUUCUUUGGUGUGGUGGUAUUUUGGCUCUUCUAGCUUACAAAGCAUUUGGUUCAGCUCAUCCGGAUUUAUCAAAUUUAGCUUUGGGUAUUUUAAUAUUUAUCGUCAUUAUUUUGAAUUCAAUGUUGAAUUCUUAUCAAGAAAUAAAAUCAAUUAAAAUUGUUGCAGCAUUUUCGAAAUUAAUACCAACAUUAGCAACGGUUCGACGCGACGGAAGAGAACAACAAAUUAUUACCGAUGAAUUAGUUCCAGGUGAUAUAAUUCUCAUCCGAAUGGGCGAUAAAUUACCUGCAGAUUGUCGUUUCAUAUCUUCUGAUGGUUUGAAAGUGAAUACAUCAGAAUUAACCGGUGAAUCAAUGCCAAUAUCGGCUGGAAUUCAAUGUACCAGUUCGAAUUUUAUGGAAACAAAAAAUAUUGGAUUUUAUUCAUCAAUGGUCGAACAAGGAACCGGUGAAGCAGUUGUCAUUGCUACAGGUGACAGUACUGUAUUAGGCAAAAUGUCCAAAUUAACACGUGGAAGUGAAGGAGAUGAAAUUACUGGUCUACAUCGUGAAGUAAAUCGUUUUGUUUUAUUUGUUGUACUUGCUACACUAACUGGCAUUGUUGUAUUGUGGAUAACAUGGGGUGCAUGGCUGAAUAAUUCCCAUCAUGGAUUUGUUACACUCGACCAAAAUGUCGUUAAUACAGUUGGUUUGAUUGUUGCUUUCUUACCAAUGGGGUUACCAUCUGCUGUUACAUUAGUAUUGACGAUUGUUGCCACACAAAUGUAUCGACAACGUGUCUUAGUCAAAAGUUUACAAAUCGUGGAAACAUUCAAUUCUGUUUCUGUUAUUGCGACGGAUAAAACAGGAACAUUGACACAAAAUAAAAUGACUGUAACUCAUCUGUUAUGGGAUACGCAAUGUGUUUACAAUGUUCCCAUACCUCAACCUAAAAUAGAACCAACUCGCACGUUUUUUCAAAGAAUUCGUCGACUAUCAAGUGAUGCUUUAAAGAUAGCUCGUCGACUAUCGAACGGUGCAAAUAAACUAGCACGAAAACUAUCGUCAAACAGUCAUCCGGAUGAAUCUGAACGUUUACCAUUGGUAGACAACAGUUCUGAAGGAUCGGAAAAAUUAAAUAUCGCCAGUGAAGUUCGAAUACAAGCAUUUCGUGAUCUUCUAAUUGGUGCAGCUCUUUGUAAUAAUGCGAGUAAACAAAUCAUAAAAGACAUUGAAUUCGGUCAAGAUAAAGUAGGAGCUACGUCAAAAGUCAAACUUGUAGGUGAUGCUGCCGAUACAGCCCUUUAUCAUCUUUGUGUUGAUCAAUGUUCUGUUGAUAUUGUAAGAGUACAAAGUGUCAAUCCACGUUUAAAAGUGUUACCCUUUAAUUCAGCAAAUAAAUUUAUGAUCUCCGCAAAUCAACUUGAAGUAUCAGAUUCGUCCAUAGUAGAAAAAGAUCGUUUCGUUUUAAUAACAAUGAAAGGUGCACCUGAUAUGGUUAUGCAACGAUGUUCAACCUAUAAAACGAAUAAUGACGAAAUCCUACCAUUCGAUACGGAAGUGAAGAACGCAUUAGCUGUUCGACAAGAAAAAUUAGGUAAAAAUGGUUAUCGUGUUAUUGCUCUGUGCCAACAAAAACUUCCUCGUCAACAGUAUGAUAGCAUGAUGGAGAAAUAUAAAGACAGUCAACAAUCAUCAACACCUAGCGAAGCUGAAGAUCUUAGUGGAUUUCCAUCAAAUGAUUAUUGUUUCAUUGGUCUUUUCUCUUUACUCGAUCCACCUCGACCAGAAGUACCUGCUGCUGUUUUAAAAGCUCGUGGAGCUCAUAUUCGUAUAGCUAUGGUCACUGGUGAUCAUCCAACAACAGCAAAAGCUAUUGCGAAACAAGUAAAUAUUCUUACACCUGAUAUUGCUGACACGAAUGGUGUCGAUACAUUUAAAGUAGAAAAAAGUAAAGAUGGUAAAACUGUUCUUAGUCUAUAUCGAAACGAUGAACUUAUUCAAAAAUAUGAACCACAUGGAAAAAAUACAAACAAUUCAUUACUGCAAAAUACUAAACGGAUAACAAAACGAAAAUUAACCUACGAUCAUGAUAAUGAAUCACAACGAAAUCCAUGGUAUAAACGUAUAGGAUUGUCAAUUCUCAAUCAAUUUGAUGAAACUCAAAGCGAGAUUGAUCCAACGGAUAAAAUGGCAUACAUACCGUAUGCUGUUGUUGUUUCCGGUGCUGAAAUAAAUUAUAUGGAUAGUUUUAUGUGGGAUUGGGUGCUAUCCCAUCAAGAACUCGUUUUUGCACGUACAUCACCGGAACAAAAAUUACGGAUUGUUUCCGAAUUUCAACGACGUGCUGAAGUUGUUGCUGUAACAGGCGAUGGUACCAAUGAUGCGCCUGCUUUGAAAUGUGCUAAUCUUGGUGUUGCCAUGCAAUCUGGUACCGAAGUUUCAAAAGAAGCUGGUGAUAUGAUAUUAUUAGAUAAUAAUUUUGCAUCAAUUAUUAAAGCUAUUGAAACAGGACGAUUGUUAAGUGAUAACUUGAAGAAAGUUGCCAUCUAUCUUUUACCUGCAGGUAGUUGGUCACAAAUUUGGCCCGUCUUUUUUAAUUAUUGGUUCGGUAUGCCUUUAGCUUUAUCAGCUUUCUAUGCUACAAUAUUUUGCAUGUUGAAUGAUGUUUUCAUGUCACUUGCUAUUGUAGCAGAAAAGGCUGAAGGCGAUAUCAUGACACGACCUCCUUCAGUUCGUUCAAAAGAUCAUCUAUUGAAUUGGAAAUUACUUCUUCAUGCAUAUAUUUUUGUAGGCAAUAUAGAAUGUUUUACAGGAUUCUUUUGUUUUUGUUUCUAUUGGAUUGAUCAUGGCGUUCCAUUCGAUUCAUUUAUGUUUACUUACGAGAAAUUCGGUAAAAGCCCUCUGACACCAUAUUCGAUAGAACAGUUGAUUCAAAUGACAUAUAUUUCUCAAUCGGUAUAUUAUUGUUCACUUUGUUUAUUUCAAUUUUUUAAUUAUUUUGCAACACGUACAAGAUAUGCUUCAAUUAUUGACCAUAAUCCAUUUUGGGGUAAAGGCCAAAAUUUGUAUGUAUUUAUUGCUAUGAUUUUAUCGGUUGGUAUUCAACUGUUGGUAACAAAAGUGCAAUGGUUCAAUGAAGUAUUUCACACAGCAUCAGCACCGGUAAUAUAUGUAUUACCAACAUUAGGCUUCGGUAUACUAUGGCUUUUAAUCGAUGAAUUAAGAAAACUUCUGAUAAGAAAAUUUCCGAAUAGUUUUCUUGCUAAAAUUGCUUGGUGA